CUCUCACACUGAGUGAAAUCUUCAUUUGUAAUUUCUGCUCAUAACCCAGAAGAAACUCAAUUCUCUUCUCUUCUCCUUUCUCAUAUUCCUUUUGUUCAGCAGAGACAUGGACAAACUCAUUCAUCUGAUCUUACUCUCUGGUUUUGUUUCCAUCCAGGGUAAUCUAGACCCUUUAGAAGAGAAUUUAGCAUCAAAAGGAACGGCUACACAGCCCUCCAUACAUUCAGCUCGUGUAGCUGAAAAUGCCAUCGACGGUGUUAAACACGGCCUCGGUGUAGGAGAACACUGCGCCAUUACAGAUUAUCAAACGACCCCGUGGUGGAGGUUGGAUCUUCUGGAUUAUUAUUAUAUUGACAGAGUGGUCAUCACGAACAGAAUAGACUGCUGUCCUCAUCAAACCAUCGGAGCAGAGAUUCGUAUCGGAAACUCACUGGAAAACAACGGAAACAACAAUCCCAUAUGUUCUGUAACUGCUGAUCUUCCACUCGGUGUUACUGCCAUUUACUUAUGUCAUGGGAUGAAGGGUCGUUAUGUGAAUGUGGUCAUGACUGGAAUCAAGUCUUUUCUAUCUCUGUGUGAAGUAGAGGUGUAUAGAGCAGGUUAUAAAAAAGGAACCUUUCUGAGGCUGAAGUUCUCCUCCAGUGUUGAUGUAGCUGCUGAGAGCGACAAAAUCCUCCAUCAGCUGCAGUCUGCUCUGGCAUCACACAUCUCUGAUUUUAAUCUGUCCUGGACACAACUACCUGAGAAAGAAGAAGAGGAACAGACGGAGGACUGAGGCAAGUACACACACUUUCAAAUGUGACACUUUAAUGUGAAAGCACAGAAAACGGAUCCAUACAGAAUGAGCUCGAAAUCCAAAUCCAAAUUGACCAACACUUUCGAUAUGAUGUAUGAUUUGUUGGAAUCUGACAAAAAGAAAAACCUUUUUUCUUUCUUUUAUUGAUGGCCAUUGAGACAGACGGCUUUAAGAUCUGCUGUAAUGCAAGGAUGUAAUAUAAUAUUACACAUCUGAUAUUUUUUUGCCAACAGUUACCAAACAUCCAUAUAUCCCUUUUUGAAUGCACCGAUAAAGUGGCGGAGUGACAUAAUGUGGUCAGUUGUAUGUUUUGGGUGUAUGAUGUAUGUUUAACAGCUUAACCAAUUGAAAUCAAGGGCCAGAACUAACUGUUUUAUAAACAGAUCUUUUUAAAUACUGUAAUUCUGUUUUUAUGCACAUAUCGGUAUUACGGCCUGUCUGAGAGCAUCCUUGUGCGCACACUUCAGAUGUGUCAGUCAAGUGAUUUUUGACAUUAUCGGCCGAUAGUUUAAAAGAGCCGAUGAUAAGGGGAGAUAUAUCCUGUCAAUCAAAACAAGACCGAAUGAAUUUGUGCUCUGUGUAUAGAAAAACAUCACCAGUUUGAUGUUCAAUGUAAUAGUCACUAUGAAUUAAUAACAUUCAGAAAGUUAAGAAAUAAUUAAAUCUUCAGAAUUUAGUUAAUGCAAGUUAAUUUAACCACCAAGCUAUCGGUAUCGGCAGAUAUCACUAUAAUAAUAAUUGGCUAUCGGUGGAAAACUUUAGUAUCGGUGCAUCUCUACUUUUAACAUUUUAACAGGUCUCACAUGUUUUCUCAUUCCUGCAGUUUGUUUUUAAAACUGAAACCAAAAAGUGCUUUACUUCCGAAUCCAAUAGACAUGCAUGCUUUUAUAUAAGGAAAGAUUAAGGAUCGCUAGACGAGGGUCUUUAAUAAUGUACUUUUUUUUUUACCUAUGAAAACCCCAAAAUGUUUCUCUUCUUGUGCCUGUAGCUCAAAAUUAGACCUUGCGCAUUCUGAAUCAUUAUGCUAUUAUGCCACUACUGUGGGUACUCUGAGUUGUAAGCUUGAUGACAUCAUCUAUAGCAACAAGAUCAACUCCGCCCUUUCACUUAAAAAAAGAAAGAAAUCUUAUGCUAAGUAAAACUUCCUCUCAGCAGCAUUGUGAAUGGAUUUUAAGAUGAAACUCCAGAAUAAAAACCUUUACUGCCAUUUUAUACCAACACUUAGGGGUAAGAUCAAAUGUUUCGUGAUUACAGGACCUGCUCUCCACUAUAGUAUAAUAAUGAAACAUAUAGAUUAGGGCUGUCAAUCGAUUAAAAUGUUUAAUUGCGAUUAAUCGCAUGAUUAUAAUGAGUUAACUCGUGAUUAAUCGCAACUUAAUCGCACAUUUUUAUCCAUUAUAAAUGUACCUUAAAUGAAUACUUUUCAAGUUUUUAAUACUCUAAUCAACAUGGGCAUGGACAAAUAUUGAUGCUUUAUG